AUGGCUUCGGAUUUGGAGGAGAGGGUCCGUGCCGCCAUCCAGGAGAAGCUGACGAUGAUGAAAAUCCCAGAGAAGGAAAACGACUUUUUACCGUCGUCUUGCUGCCUCUUAGAGAAGCAAAGAGAACUGGCAGAAGUGGAGAAGACAUUCUCAGCCACCAAAGAGGACUUUCAGAAAAAGAUGGAUCAUCUGCAGCAGCGACGGCAAGAGCUGGAACGCAAAGAAGGUCAACUCAAACAGGCCAUUCUGAAGUUUGACAAGUUCUUGAAGGAGAACGAUGCCAAACGGAGCAGAGCGAUGCGGAAAGCUGAGCAGGAAAAGCAGCAGAUGGCUCAUAAGAAAGUGGAAGCGGAACGCCUCCAAGAGGAAAUUGCCCGGUUAACGACGGCGAAGACCAGACUCCAAGGACGCCUGGCAGCUCAUAAGCCUUUCUGUGAAUAUCUGCAGGAAGUCCUGGGGAAGACGGAGCAGUUUCAGGACAUCUCAGAGCUGAUUGGUCGGUUCGAGACUCUGAGGGCCACCCAGGUCAGCUUGGUCCGGAGAGAACAAGUUGCCCGUGAAGCUGUGGAGGAGGAACGCAGCCGCCUGCAACAGUACCUGGAUGAAAGCAGUAACAGGAUUUUGCAGCAAAAUAAUAUGGUGGCAGAGCUCCAAGAUCAGCUGGAGCAAACCCAGGGCAAGGUCCUUGAAUUGGAGUCCAACUGGAUUUGCAUCCAGAACACGGCUGCAAGCAAGACCCUGGAACUGGGGCAGAUCAAGCUUGCAGCUCUGAACCUUUUCCAGAUGGUGAUCAAGCAUAGGAAGCUACCCAUGAAUGUGCCCCAAGAGGACACCGACGCCCAACUAGAUGCGGUGCAGCUUUGCGUGGAAGACUUAACAGCAAUACUCGCCGAUUUCCGCAAAGCAGAGCCUCCACAACCUUCACAGCCAGAAAAAAGGGUGCCAUCUCAGGCCAGUACAUCUGCCAGCCGGUCACUACUAUCUAAGGUGCGUAUUGCCCCAACUACAUCCUCUGUAACUUGCACUACGGAUCUCCUGAUUUUAGGAAAAAUUAAACUUUCUAACGGCAUCGUGCUGUAG